CGACCGACCGGGACCGGUCGGAGGAGGUAAACGGGUUCGGUCUGCAGGAGGUGGCGUGACGUAGCAGUGUACACACACACGCAGACUGCUGCUGCCAGAAUCUCAAUGUGGGGAAAUGACCGCGAGUGACCUCAAAGGGAACAUUGUAUUUUAGCGGCUGCUCCUAUUUUGUAUUGUAUUCCUCACUAACACACACUAGCACACAGGUGUGUUCAUUUUUCACGGUUGUAUUUUACGGUAAAACACUACGGGGGGGGAAGGAAACCGACACGGUCUAACGUUUUUAGCUGGUCGCGCGACUGUCAGUCCUCACUAGCUUUGGAAGCAGCGGGGCUAGCUAAAGUUAGCCGGCGGUUUGUCAUUGGUUUUGCCCACUGCAGAUGCUAAAAGCUAAGCUAGGCUAACCUCAGCCAUGGAUAAAGCAAAGUCAAUGGCGGACAAGAAAGGAGCGUCUUCGGGACACUUUCACGUCAUCAACGGGCAGAGCCAGAGGGGAUUUCACGCUAACGGCUGCGGCUCGAGCGGACCAGAAGUAGCGGUGCAUCACCUGCACGAGGACGCGGAGUGUAACGACUCCCCGGCCAAGAGGUGCCGGCUACGGCGGAGGACGGAGUCCGUGAGACGGAACAGAGUCCCCUUCCCCUGGUUCGGCAUGGACAUCGGUGGCACCUUGGUCAAGUUGGUGUACUUUGAGCCGGUCGAUAUAACUGCAGAGGAAGAACAAGAAGAAGUGGAAAACCUCAAGUCCAUCCGCCGCUACCUCACCUCAAAUGUGGCCUAUGGUAAAACCGGCGUCCGUGACGUCCACCUGGAGCUGAGGAACCUGACCAUGUGCGGCCGGACGGGGAACCUGCACUUUAUCCGCUUCCCGACGCAGGCCAUGCCCCGGUUCAUCCAGAUGGGUCGCGACAAGAACUUCUCCAGCCUACACACAACACUCUGCGCCACCGGAGGCGGAGCGUACAAGUUCGAGAACGACUUCAGGACGAUGGCCGACCUGGAGCUGCUGAAGCUCGACGAGUUGGACUGCCUGAUCCGCGGCCUGCUGUUCGUGGACCGGGUGAGCUUCAACGGACACCCAGAGGGUUACUACUUCCAGAACCCGUCGGACACCCAGAGCUGCGUGAAGAAGACCUGCACCCUGGACAACCCUUUCCCCAUGCUGCUGGUCAACAUCGGCUCCGGGGUCUCCAUACUGGCCGUGUACUCGGAGAACGACUACAAACGGGUGACUGGGACCAGUCUUGGAGGCGGGACCUUCCUGGGCCUCUGCUGCCUGCUGACUGGCUGUGAGACAUUCGAGGAGGCGUUGGAAAUGGCGAGCAAGGGCGACUCCACCAACGUGGACAAACUGGUGAAGGACAUCUACGGGGGAGACUACGAGCGCUUCGGACUGCAGGGGUCCGCCGUCGCAUCCAGUUUUGGUCACAUGAUGAGCAAAGAGAAGCGAGACAGCAUCAGUAAGGAGGACCUGGCCAGAGCAACACUGGUGACCAUCACUAACAACAUCGGAUCUAUAGCAAGGAUGUGUGCUGUCAACGAGGUACACACACACACA